CAUGUGUGGUGACACUGGCAGGGCUGCAAGAGAAAAACAAAUUCAGGUGAGGGAGUCGCUCAGUCUUUAAACGCCGUUUCUAUCAAGUGCAGCCGCAUCAUGGCACUCUCAAAGCCACUUUAUUCGCUCUUCGGCAGCUAUUUGGAGCAGCUUUUCAAUCAUCCAGUGCGAACGAAAUCCUUAACAGCCUGCUGCUUGGCCACCACGGCAAAUGUUACCGCUCAGCGUUUGGCGGGCGCAAAGAAGCUCAACCAACAAAGCCUCUUCGCUUAUGGUCUAUUCGGCCUGAUCUUUGGAGGCAGUGUGCCGCAUUACUUCUAUCAGACGGUGGAGCGCUUGUUAAGCCAUGAUUUUCGUUUCAGAAAAUUCUUUAUAUUCCUCUUCGAGCGCUUAGGCUAUACGCCGCUUUAUCAGUUGCUCUCGCUAUAUUUCCUAUCGAUCUUCGAGGGCAACUCGCACAGCACAGCUGUUAAGAAUCUGGAGAAACUCUAUUGGCCCGUAUUGCGCGCCAAUUGGCAAUAUCUGUCGGUGUUCGUCUAUCUGAAUAUUGCCUAUGUGCCGCCCAUGUUCCGUUCCAUUAGCAUGGGCAUCAUUUCCUUCAUCUGGGUGGUGUUCCUGGCACAGAAGCGACGUCGCUUCCAGGAGAAACAAGCAGCUGCCAAGUCCACAUAAACGCAACUGCCAACUGUUUAUCUAAAUAUAUAUCUGUGUCUUUAUCUGCGCCUCAAAGGUUCUCAAGCGGGAAUAACUUUGUUUUUUUAUAUAUGAAAUGUGUUUGCUUAUAUAUCUGUGAGUGCUUGUGAGUGUGUGUGAGCGUGUAUGUGAGAACUCGAGGGCCGGUCUUAUCAUCUGUGAAAUUCAAGCUGAAAACCUUAAUAAUUUUUAAUACUUUUUUAUGUACAAUAA